ACAUUACCCCUGUGCUGAGAUUGUCCGCUGCCAAAAUGGAGUCCCCCUGAAUGUGAGAUGGAUUGUCAAGUGUGUUAUAACGGUGGAGUUUGUGACGACAAGACCGGUGUUUGUAUUUGCCCCGCAGGCUUCAAAGGAGAAUACUGCCAAACAUCUUGUGGAAGCAACAACUGGGGUCGUAAUUGUGAUCUUGUUUGUGCUAAUGGAAAGAACGAAGCUUGUAAAGGAAAGCUUUUUUGUCCGCCUGAUCCAUUUGGAUGCACCUGCAUCGACGGAUAUGGAGGCAACGAUUGCAAUACAGCAUGUGCUAACAGUCACUAUGGAGCAGAUUGCCGUCAAGUAUGUCACUGUGAUUCAGGUGAAUGUGACAGAAAGACGGGGAAUUGUGCAUCUGGGUCAUCUUGUUCGAAUAAUUACACGGGACCAGCGUGCCAAGAAUUACUGCCAGGUUUGUCCUGUCCACCUGGUUUCUUUGGUGUGUUGUGUAACUAUCCAUGUCAUUGCAAAGACUCGGCUGAUUGUAAUCGUAAUGGAAGCUGUGACAAUGGAUGCCACGAAGCAUGGGCGGGAGCGGACUGCAGUAUAGCACUACCUUACAGCUCCAAACCACCAACACUAUUGAAUCAAACAGCAACCACCCUAAAGAUUGCCGCCUGCGGCUGGGAUCCAGUUCAAGACUUCGGAACAGGGAAUAUUGCAGGAUGUAAGCUAUGGUAUAAAACAUCGCAGACAAGUACAUUCACUACAGUUAAUAAUACUGAAAACGGUGUAUAUAUCAUUGACAAUCUUAGGCCUACACUACACACGACUGUUAAAUUCUACACACAACACUCAAGAUUUGUUGGCGGCAAAGAAACCGAUGGACCACCUAGUGAACAUGGAUCAGCAGAGACUAUAUGCUCAAAGCCUUUAGAAGAUCCAGAAAUAGAAUUGGAAACAGUUGAUGGUAAUGAUAUUAUCUUAACAUUAAAGGCUGUAUCAAAUGCUCCAGAGCGAAUCCAGUGCGAUGAUAUACUUCGAUAUCAAGUGCGAUACCAAAGCAAAGAUGGAAAUGAACAGGACAUCCUCAACACAACGGACAGUUUGCAAACAGAAGUCAAGAUAUCGGAAUUAUCACCAGGAUGUGUUUUUUAUCACGUCGACUCUAGAGUUGUUAAUAACGCAGAAAUUACUGGAGAUUGGGGAACACCAAUAUCGGUACAAUCAGCACCCACAGCGCCCUCAAUCACCAAAGAUUCAAAACUGGAAGGAACGUUUUUAUUAAUGAAAUGGAAUGCUGCUACCUGUAACAGCACCCAGAAUAAUUUGAGUUACCAUUAUCAACUAUCAGGAGGAAUCCAUCAAGGAAGUACAACAAAAACUGAAGUUCUUAUAGAUGACGGAAUUGUACCUUGUACACAGUACACAUUUUCAGUUUCAGCAUCGCAUAUGAAUGUUAGCAGCACCACCAAUAUUAUGGAGGUCAUGUCUGGUGUUGACUAUCCUGGAAAACCAACCAUUAGUUCGUUAACAUCAACGUCUUCAUCAAUCACACUGGAAUUGACAUUAUCUGAUGAUAAUCCUUGCACAAUACUAGGAUACAAUGUGCUUGUAUAUAGUGAUGUACAGAGUUUAGAAUUCAAUAUGGAUAUAACAGCGACUUCACUGACAAUUAAUGAAAAUAUAAUGCCGAAUACUAUCUACACUGUCCAGGUAUGCAAUAUCAAUUAUAAACAUAUAGUAUGAAUGCAUUAAUGUAUCUAAUAAAAACUAAAAGUUUUUUUCGAAAAGAUGUACUGAGUAUUCAGUACGUUCCCAAAUGCAUGCAAAAAAAAAAAGUUCGGGUGGGAAUCUAUCUUGUGUGAUUUAUAAUUUCUUUGGAAAAUGUUGGAGACUUCCUUCUCUCAUAAUUGUAGGUCUGCCUUUAAUUUAGAACAGUAAUCAUCUCUGUUUAUCACGAAGGCUACUCCAUUUUGUUUGUCCGGUUUAAUGAAAAUAACUAUUUUUUAUUCUUAAUUUCUUUCAGAGCUUUAUGGUUUUUUUUUUCAAUUCCUAACUAUUUCAAACAAAAAAUUAACUCCAUUGGGUUGUAAGUCUACGCAGCAAACGUAAUUUAAAUAUCACUUCCUAGUAGCGUAAUCUUUUCUUAAAUAUUUACUCGUGCGUACUCUGCGUCAGUUGCAUGAGAGAAAGGUUUUUGCUGGCGCUGUUCUUCUGCCGCUCCAAAUUUUUUUUGCUGCUGCUCGCAGGACUGUUUUAAAUAUGUAGUUAUUUUCGUAUUUUGGUGUCGUUUUGGUUUUGUCUGUAUCCUUUUUGCUGGUUUUGCCUGUGCUGUGAACUUUUGUUGACUUUUUUUUGGUGUUUUGUGCGAGUAAACCCGCUCUUUCUCGUAGCUGUUAGAAAGAGACAAAAUUGCCUGUCGUUCAUCAUAGUCCCUCACCGCUCCUAAUGUCUAGACUUAUACGUAGACGAGGGGAAAAGCGUGGAGGUAGGCACAUUAGAAGACCAAUUCUUUCUAGAAUCACAGCAUGUAGAGACGACUGCUUCACCCUAAAGAGUACCGUGGGAACCUGUUUGUGGCUGUUUAUUUCCGAUUUUUAUAGUUUCUUUAGUUAAUUUCUAUGCAAUAAGUGAGUUUGUCGGUCUUAUGAAUACGAUAAUAUAUUUGCUUUAUUUUCAUUAUCACGUCAUUCAGUAUAUUUUAAUAUAUUUUACAUAGGCCUAUGUAUUGUUAUAAAUAGAACGUUUGGUAAUUUAAAUGGAGACGCAACAAAAAAACAAAAAAAAAGAACAAACUUAUGACAAAGUAAUCCACUGAAUUAACUAUAAGCCUACUUAUUUUAUAAAUCUAAAUUUUAUUGAAGCAUUUAUAAACAUGAUCCAAAAAUAUAUCGUAUGGAAACGAUAAAAAGAAGCGUUUCUCCAAACCAAUCGACUUGUAACAUUUGUGUUGUUUCUGUAAAAAGAAAGAUAACACCAUUUGAUACUGCAAUGAAUUCUUUAAUAAUAAUAAUAAUAAAAUACUACUAAAAAGAAAUAAUAAUAAUAAUAAAAUACUACUAAAAAGAAUUGUUAAUAUCUGAUAAUGUUGCAGUAAUAAUAUAGCCUAAGUUUCAUGUUUAACAAACAGUACUGUUUAGCCACCUUGUUCUAUUAAAUUAUUAUUCGCGGCCACACCUUCGGCGCUCCAUACACCGCGGUCGAAAUGCAUUACAAAAAUACCAACUCAGGGCCGAAACAACUCAGGGCCGAAACGACCUGUGCCGAAACGACUCGGGCCGAAACGACCCGGGGCCGAAUCGACUCGGGGUCUAAACGACUCAGGGUCUAAACGACUCUACACCGUUUUUAACAUAGAUAGCGACUCCACGUUUAUUCUCUCUACUCUUAGAAGAGUAAAUUGUGUAGCCGUUUAUGUUAAAUUGUUCAUCAGAAAGAUGCAGGUUGAACCAUGAUUCCGUAAAUACACCAAUGUCAACUUUUUCGCUUUUAAGAAUAACACCAAGUUCACCAAAUUUGUUAACCAAUGCCUGAGCAUUUGUCACGAGUAUUAUCGGUAGUUGCGUCAAAGGACCGCUAGGCCUAGCUCUGGUUGGGAUAUGCUGACAUUUGGCUAAGUUGGUUAGACAGAUAUGCCUAAUGUUAGCAUGUCUGUGGCCAAGCCAUGUGUUUGGACCGCUUCAGGAAUGUGUGGGCACACUACUGCAAAGAGUGAAGUAGGGUAGGUGCAAACACAUGCCAUGGCAGUGAAUGUGUACGCGUGUGUUCACCUCUCGUUGUAUGGUUCUGAUUUUUAAAAAAAAUUAUUCAACCUUGUUUCUUUAAUAUUUCAUUUACCUUAUAUGGUCAGGGCUCCUGCCGGCAGGAGCGGACCAAGAGAUGUCCGACAGGGGAACCGAAAAUGGGGCCGAGCGAAAUAUUUGUCUUCUAUUCUAUACAGACGCUCGAAUGUAACCUCUGAGGCAUUUUAUGCGAUC